CCUCUGAGCGCCCUGGUGACGUCUGUGGUAAGCGCGCACUGCCCGUCGCACGGAGAAUUUGGCGGAUUUCGGGUCCCGUCUCUCGCUAGCACCGGAGGAGGCGGCGUCGGUGGUUACCGGGAGGCUUCCCCUGGGACAGGGGCACACGGGCCGCCGACAUCAUGGGCUUCCUGAAGUUAAUUGAAAUUGAGAACUUCAAGUCGUACAAGGGUCGGCAGAUCAUCGGGCCCUUCCGCAGGUUCACCGCCAUCAUCGGCCCCAAUGGAUCCGGGAAGUCAAAUCUUAUGGACGCGAUCAGCUUUGUGCUGGGGGAGAAGACGAGCAAUUUGAGAGUGAAGACGCUUCGUGACCUUAUUCAUGGAGCACCUGUGGGGAAACCUGCGGCUAACCGUGCUUUCGUGAGCAUGGUUUAUGAAGAGGACCUCGGCACUGAGAAGAUCUUUUCCAGACAUAUCAUUGGUGGAUCCUCUGAGUACAGAAUCAACAGCAAGGUGGUUCAGCUAGCUGAAUAUAGCGAUGAGCUGGAGAAGCUGGGGAUCCUCAUCAAAGCCAGGAACUUCUUGGUUUUUCAGGGGGCAGUAGAGUCCAUUGCCAUGAAGAACCCCAAGGAGCGCACGGCUUUGUUUGAGGAGAUAAGCAGGUCGGGUGAGCUGGCGCAGGAAUACGACAAACGCAAAAAAGAGAUGGUCAAGGCGGAGGAAGACACACAGUUUAAUUAUCACCGCAAAAAGAACAUUGCCGCCGAGAGAAAGGAAGCUAAACAAGAGAAGGAGGAGGCAGAACGGUACCAACGCCUAAAGGAUGAGGUAGCCCGAGCCCAGAUCCAAUUGCAGCUCUUCAAGCUCUACCACAAUGAGUCUGAGAUUGAAAAGCUGAAUAAGGAGCUGUCCUCCAAGAACAAGGAUAUUGACAAGGACAAGAAGAACAUGGACAAAGUGGAAGAGCAGCUGAAGGAGAAGAAAAAGGAGCUGGGCAAGAUGAUGCGAGAACAGCAGUCCAUCGAGAAAGAGAUCAAAGAGAAGGACGCAGAGCUUAAUCAGAAGCGCCCGCAGUACAUCAAAGCCAAGGAGAACACCUCUCACAAGAUUAAGAAGUUGGAAACUGCCAAGAAAUCCCUUCAGAAUGCUCAGAAGCAGUACAAGAAGCGCAAAGGAGACAUGGACGAGCUGGAGAAGGAGGUGCAGUCUGUGGAGAAGGCCAGGCAAGAGUUUGAGGAAAGGAUGGAGGAGGAGAGUCAAAGCCAAGGUCGGGAUCUUACACUGGAAGAAAACCAGGUCAAGAAAUAUCACCGAUUAAAAGAGGAGGCCAGCAAAAGGGCCGCCACGCUCGCCCAAGAGCUGGAGAAAUUCAACAGAGACCAAAAGGCCGACCAAGAUCGCCUCGAUCUGGAGGAGAGGAAAAAAGUGGAGACUGAAGCAAAAAUCAAACAAAAGCUGCGUGAAAUAGAGGAAAACCAGAAGAGGAUUGAAAAGCUGGAGGAAUAUAUAGCAACCAGCAAGCAAUCCUUGGAAGAGCAGAAAAAUCUGGAGGAGACCUUAACGGAGGAGGUGGAAAUGGCUAAGAGGCGCAUUGACGAGAUUAACAAAGAGUUGAACCAAGUCAUGGAGCAGCUAGGAGAUGCCAGAAUUGAUCGACAAGAGAACAGCCGACAGCAGCGCAAAGCUGAGAUCAUGGAGAGCAUUAAGAGGCUGUACCCCGGGUCUGUGUAUGGCCGCCUGAUUGACCUGUGCCAGCCCACACAGAAGAAGUACCAGAUUGCCGUCACUAAGGUGCUUGGAAAAAACAUGGACGCCAUUAUUGUUGACUCUGAGAAGACUGGAAGAGACUGCAUCCAGUAUAUUAAGGAGCAGCGAGGAGAGCCAGAGACUUUCCUUCCUCUGGAUUACCUGGAGGUAAAACCUACAGACGAGAAGCUGCGUGAGCUGAAGGGGGCUAAACUGGUCAUUGACGUAAUCCGCUAUGAGCCACCGCACAUUAAGAAGGCCCUGCAGUAUGCAUGCGGUAACGCCUUGGUUUGUGAUAAUGUGGAAGAUGCUCGCAGGAUUGCCUUUGGAGGACACCAGAGGCACAAGACAGUCGCUCUGGAUGGGACCUUGUUCCAGAAGUCGGGAGUCAUUUCUGGGGGUGCUAGUGACUUAAAGGCUAAGGCCAGACGGUGGGACGAAAAAGCAGUGGAUAAACUUAAGGAAAAGAAGGAACGCUUAACGGAGGAGCUUAAGGAGCAAAUGAAAGCCAAGCGCAAAGAGGCUGAGCUGAGACAGGUCCAGUCCCAGGCUCACGGCCUGCAGAUGAGGCUUAAAUAUUCCCAGAGUGACUUGGAGCAGACCAAAACCCGCCACUUGGCAAUGAACAUGCAGGAAAAAUCUAAGCUGGAGAGUGAGCUGGCUAACUUCAGCCCGCGCAUUAAUGACAUCAAGCGGAUUAUACAGAGCCGAGACCGGGAAAUGAAGGAACUGAAGGAGAAGAUGAAUGUGGUGGAAGAUGAGGUGUUUGAAGAGUUCUGCCUGGAGAUUGGAGUCCGUAACAUCCGAGAGUUUGAAGAGGAGAAGGUGAAGCGACAGAAUGAGAUUGCAAAGAAGAGGCUUGAGUUUGAGAACCAAAAGACCCGUCUGGGUAUUCAGCUGGACUAUGAGAAGAAUCAGCUGAAGGAGGACCAAGGAAAAGUGCAAACCUGGGAGCAGUCUGUAAAGAAGGAUGAAAACGAGAUAGAGAAGCUCAAAAAAGAGGAGCAGAGACACAUGAAGAUCAUCGACGAGACAAUGGCUCAGUUGCAAGAUCUGAAAAACCAGCACUUGGCCAAAAAGUCAGAAGUCAAUGACAAGAAUCAUCAAAUGGAGGAAAUUCGCAAGAAGCUAGGGGGCGCCAACAAGGAGAUGACACAUCUACAAAAGGAAGUCACUGCCAUUGAGACCAAGCUGGAGCAGAAACGCAGCGACCGCCAUAAUUUGUUGCAGGCCUGCAAGAUGCAGGAUAUCAAGUUACCCCUGUCUAAAGGCACCAUGGAUGAUAUCAGCCAAGAAGAGGGUGGAUCCCAGGGAGAAGAAUCUGUGGGCAGCUCUCAGAGAACCUCCACGGUGUACGCCCGGGAAGCUUUAAUCGAAAUAGACUACAGUGAGCUCUCCGAGGACCUAAAGGAGGCCGUGGCAGACGAUGACAUCAAGCAGGAAAUGAGUGCGCUGCAGCAGAAGCUGAAUGAGCAGCAGAGUGUCCUACAACGUAUCUCUGCCCCCAACAUGAAGGCCAUGGAGAAACUGGAGAGUGUGAGGGACAAAUUCCAGGAGACAUCGGAUGAGUUUGAAGCUGCCCGUAAACGAGCUAAAAAAGCCAAGCAGGCCUUUGAGCAAACAAAAAAGGAGAGAUUUGACCGGUUUAACGCAUGCUUCGAGUCUGUGGCAACGAAUAUCGAUGAAAUCUACAAAGCGCUAUCUAGAAAUAGCAGCGCCCAGGCUUUCCUUGGACCAGAGAACCCAGAAGAGCCCUACCUGGAUGGGAUCAACUACAACUGUGUGGCUCCUGGGAAACGGUUUAGGCCCAUGGACAACCUGUCUGGAGGAGAGAAAACUGUGGCGGCUCUUGCUUUGCUCUUUGCAAUCCACAGUUACAAACCAUCCCCCUUCUUCGUGCUGGAUGAAAUAGACGCUGCCUUGGAUAACACAAACAUAGGGAAGGUGGCCAACUACAUUAAGGAGCAGUCCAUGACAUGCUUCCAGGCAAUUGUCAUCUCCCUUAAGGAGGAGUUUUACACCAAGGCGGAGAGUCUGGUCGGGGUGUAUCCUGAGCAAGGAGAUUGUGUCAUCAGCAAAGUACUAACCUUUGACCUUACGAAGUACCUAGAUGCCAACCCGAAUCCAAAUGAGCAGUAGUGGUCUUAUUCCUUCUGAUGGGGUGUGUUUUUAUUUUUUGGGGGGGAUAGGUGGGUGGCAUGGGGAUACUCCAGUUUUCUGUGCUUAGUCGAUGAGCAGCCUUGACUAGGAUGGAACUUUUUAACUUAUCAUGACAUUUCAAGAGAUCUCUCUGAUCCAGGGAUUUUGUAAACGGACUCACUGGGGAAGAAGAUGAGGGCAAAUCAGAAUUCCCCCCACAGCUGGUGCUGUACUGAAACGCUGUCCCUCGUCCAUCCUUCCUUGUUUUGGUCAACCAUGGUGUAAUUAUCCAUUUUAUGUUAUUUUUUGGCCUUUUUUCUUUUUAUAUCCUCUCCGAUUUGUGGCAUUGUCUUUAGCAUUGGUCUCACCCUUAGUGGUUUUUUUUUUUUAUUAGGAGGUUGUUGCUUUUUAAAGCUUUUAACGAUGUCUGUGAUGGCUUUUUAAUUUUAUUGUUUUACCUGUUUUUAAAGCUGCAAAUUAUGUGCAAAAUAAAAAAAGUUAAAUUUUA